GCAUAUGCAUUUCCACGCAAACAAGUGAUGGUGAAAUGAAACUACAGUAAUCGAAAGGACAUUUUCAUGCAGUAGUUCCCCCCACAAAACUUUUUGUUAAUAAUAACAAAAACAUUUCGCUGUGUAGCUAUUGGUUUUCCCCUUUAUUCUGAGAUUAUAAUACAGUCGUGUCUGUUUUUGGAGUGUGUUGCGCGCACUCCUUCCCCCGAGGUGCCUAUUCUAUCUCCAAGAGGCAGGGUCAGUUUCUGCGACACAGCUUCUCUCCACACUUGCCCGUAUGACUCCCCAGGAGGAUGCGCUAGCCGCCCUUACACACCAGGCACUCUGUAAGAGAUAUGAUAACCAGAGGGCGGGCUGAUAGCUAAGGACAGUCUAGGAAAGAAUCUAUUGCGCGCGACGAGAGCGCGAAUGAAAUGAUUAGCGCGUCAUGAUAUUGCAACUAAGUGAUUGAGCAAUGCAAGACACUGACUCAAACUGUUAGCUUUGCUUAUGUUUUUUGCUUUGGACUGAUUUUAAACCAUAUAUUCGUGGAAAAUGUACAUCAAGAACUGAAAUUCUUCAGUUGGGGCAGUCUCGUUGCUUGAGUUUCCAAAGUGGAUAUUGCCUUAAAAAACUCUCGUUAAGAUACGUGCGGGACACCAGGUAUCCUAUUGCCUUGAACUAUGUCUAUGCCAUCAACUUUUGGAUUUACCCAAGAGCAGGUUGCCUGCGUCUGCGAGGUCCUUCAGCAAGGUGGGAGUAUCGAACGUCUCGGACGCUUUCUGUGGUCCUUACCUGCUUGUGAGCACCUCCACAAAAACGAGAGCGUUUUGAAAGCGAAAGCUGUGGUAGCUUUUCACCGGGGCAACUUCAGGGAGCUCUACAAAGUAUUAGAGAGCCACCAGUUUUCUCCGCACAACCACCCUAAACUGCAACAGCUCUGGCUGAAAGCUCACUAUAUCGAAGCGGAGAAAUUACGCGGUCGUCCUCUGGGCGCAGUGGGAAAAUACCGCGUGCGCAGAAAGUUUCCGCUGCCUCGCACCAUCUGGGAUGGAGAGGAGACCAGCUACUGUUUUAAGGAGAAGAGCCGGUGUGUGCUUAAAGAGUGGUACACUCACAACCCGUACCCUUCUCCGAGAGAGAAGAAAGAACUGUCCGAGGCCACUGGCCUCACCACGACGCAGGUCAGCAACUGGUUCAAGAACAGGAGGCAGAGGGACCGUGCAGCAGAAGCAAAGGAAAGGGAAAACGAUGGUGCAAAUCCAAACGGCCACAACCCACUCACCUCUCACGUGAACGAAAACAAAUCUCUAUGUGAAAGUUCAGAGGACGAUAAAUCUCCCGCGGCGACCCCGGAUCACAGCUCCAUGAGCCCAGCCAUCCUUAUGCCCUCCAGCUCAGGUCUGCCACCCCUGCACAGCUUCGCGCCUCCGCCCGGCCCCAGCGUCUCCAUCAUCCCCGUCAGCGGCUCAGACGCUCAGAGCCACCACCACUUCUUCAUGCACGACGGCCUUCUCAACCCCAUGACGGCCAGCCUGGUGGAACUGGGAUCAUAAGGAAUAAAACACUUAAUCUUUGACCUUUCCCCCCAGUUACUAGCUUCGUUAGGCUACCAAACAUCAGUUAGUCAAGCUUAGAGGACAUUAGACAAAAAAUUCCAAGAACUACCAGAUGACGGGCCUACCUGAAAACUGUUUCCAUAAAAAUUCUGUAACAAUUCAGUGUAAUCAAGGGAUAGUUUUUGAUAUGUCUAGCUAUAAAUUUAACUAAUAAAAUAUAUAUUUAAUAACGUCAAAAUAUGUGGUCUCCUUUAACAUUUACAGGUCACUGCAUCUGUCAGUUUUAAUAGCUUCAUCGAAAGCGGAUAGGACAGAAUCUCAUCUGCUGAAUUAUUAUUGCAAUAAAUGCCAGUACAAGUAAGUAGAAACAUGUAAAUUCAAUUAUUUGGAUUUUCUUUCAUAACGCAUGGCGCUUUGUCAUGUUUGGAUACAC